AGUGCGUGUUCCUCCCUCUUCGAGUCGUGACGCGGCGCGGCGAAACGUGGAACGUACGAGUUCCAUGGCGCUGGGAGAUUGGGACGAAGUUGCUGUGGGCAAGUAUGUGUAUUGGAGCAACGUCCAAGAUGAUGUUCCGCUGGCAGAUCUGGGAGAGGUGCUUUCAGCAGAUGGUUCCAAUCGCGUGGUUCGCUUUGCGAAGAAAGAAGUGAAAGACAAGGUUUGGAUGUUCAGGCUUGCUGACAUUCAGAAAGAGACCUUUGUCCAUGCAGUUGUUGACGGCGUGUCUCCUCAUUCAGUUGGACUCGUGAGGGAACUGAAGGGUGGUCAACUGUUGGUUCACAUCGAAGGCAAUGGGCUGACGGCAAACCGGACGGAUCUGCUGAAAAGCCAACUACAGCCUGGUUCACGUGUGCGUUGGACUAUCAGUAGUGACGACAUACCACGAGGUGAGCUUGGCGAAGUUCUCCUGGACGUGAAUGCCUACAGCGACAUCAAGGUGAAGUUCUCGGCUGGAGAGUUUCGAAUGAGGUACUCUGAGAUGGUCUUGGCUUCGGAGUGUGGUAACAGCAUCACAGUGGGCCAGUAUGUGUAUUGGAGCAAUGUACAAGAUGGUGUUCCGCUGGGAGAUCUGGGAGAGGUGCUUUCGGCAGAUGGUUCCAAUCGCGUGGUUCGCUUUGCGAAGAAAGAAGUGAAAGACAAGGCGUGGAUGUUCAGGCUUGCAGAGAUUCAGAAAGAUGCAUUUGUGCACGCUACAACAAGUGGCAUACCACCUGAUGCAGUUGGAGUGGUGAAGGAUUUGAAAGACGGUCACUUGCUGGUUCACAUUGAGGGCAAUGGGCUGACGGAACACCGAACCAAUUUGCUGAACAGCUCCCUACAGCCUGGUUUACGAGUCCGCUGGACCAAGAGCGAUGAACAAAUCCCUCGUGGUCAUGUUGGAGAAGUCCUUGCGGACGUGAAUGCCUACAGCGAUGUGAAGGUGAAGUUUCCCUUCGGUGAGUUUCGACUGAGAUACUCCGAGAUGACGCAGGCGCCGCUCUCGGCGAUCCCCGAGGAGCCCUUGGCCAAGCUGAAGCGGAUCUUCAACGACUUCCGUGGUGGGCGACUUCCGGUGGAGGAUUUCGUGGACAUAUUGAAGCGGCUGGGCUUCGCCGAGACCGACGGCCUCGACUUGUCGAGCCAACUCCCUCGCGGCAAAGAUGGCACCUGCAGCGGGAAGGAUUUCAUUUCGUACCUCUUUCCACGCUGAAGGCAGUUCGCUGACGGUUCUCAGCGCCAAAGUUCGCAGGUGUUUGAAGAGCACAGACCAACAGACUGGCUGUCUGUUGAACAUGUAGCAACGCGGUUUGGGCCCAUGCUUGACGUGUUUUUCGGAGCUGGUCUUGAUGUGGUUCGGUGUCCUACGUUGGUUCCAAUAGUCGGCUGAACAUUGCUUGAUAGAGGGAUUGAACUUGGAUUUGUUUCAAUAGUUUUGGUAGAGCCUUGAGGAUUCAAACCGCUGAAAGUCCUCCACGCAAACCUUGUGCGGUUGGGCCUUUUGUUGAGAGGAUCAUUGGACCAAAGUCGUCCGAUUAGACUCAGUCCGUUUGAAGAAGUCUCAUAUGGUAGCUAUCCAGAUUCAGAAAGGCUAGGGACGAGCCUUCUAGCUCUCAGAGAGUACUUGAAGCCAUUUUUAUGAAUGGUAG